AUGCCUUCCAUUACCGACGUGGCCACGGCGCUGAUCUUUCUCGCUUCUGCUGCAAGUACCCUUCCCGUCCAUAUCGCUCGCCAACAGACCAGUGAAUGCGCGACUGGUACGUGGUAUUACUCUUGCGACACCAACGUCGGCUGUUUCGACCACGACCCGUGUACCAAGCCCACUGCUGUUUCUGGCAGAUAUCCCGAAAAGGUGGAGGACAAAAUCACCACUACAGCCUCAUCUUCUUCGGUCAAGACCGUCGUCCCUGCUACGUUGUACGACAUUUACCCCGAGAAUCCCGAUGAAUCUAGUGGCCCGGUCAACGGCGUGCAUCUCGAGACCUGGGAGGACAAGUCUCAGGUUGAGCAAGUGAUCGUCUUCAAGAGCAUCCCAGCAGACGCACAGAACUGCAAUCUGUCUUGGCGUCAAGGCCCUCGCUACUCUCGAAAAUUCCUCGUCAAGAACAGCGAUGUACAAGCUGAUGCACAACCUCUAUCUAGUUUCCCCGAGAACGAUGUAACAUACAACUCCGUCAAGCCUUUUGACGAUCAAAGAUCCAUUGGCGGCCCUAAUUUUUCUUUUUGGGGUGACCGCAAGGAAGACGUGCAUCUUGCCGGGGGUGUAGACUGUGCUGAGACUGUCUCCUUCAUCAUUGGACUCCGAAAUCCCAAGGGCGAUUCACAGGUCUACCUUGAGCAAGAUGAACACAAGAACGGCUGGACUCUGACCUACCACUAA